AUGCCACCCCAAUACAAACCACCUUACACUGUACCUGCACCCAACGCACAAGAUGUCGAGGGUGAAACGGUUGCCAUGCGACACUUUCUCUUCAAGGAUAAAUUGGUGGAUAAGCCUGAUGACCUCGAAAAGCAGACAAUGUGGGCCAUGUAUCUCCAUGGCAACGAAAUUGGCGGAGAUCGGCCUUUCUUGGGAGCAAGGCGGAUGGAAGAUGGUGUUGCAAAGGAAUACGUAUGGCAAACUCACAAGCAAGUACGUGAGCGAAUCGACAACUUUGCAAAAGGGUUGUCAACGCUUGGCUUGAAACGACAAAGAUCAUUGGGUAUCUACAGUGUGAAUCGACCUGAAUGGACGAUUUCCGAGCUUGCAUGCUAUCGUCAAUCAUACAUCAUUGUGGCUCUUUAUGAUACCUUGGGUGCUGAAGCUAUGGAGUACAUCAUCAACCAAGUCGACAUGGAAUUCAUUGUUGCAAGCUCCGACAAGGUUGGAAACAUUGCUCGGCUCAAGGACAAGUUGCCAACCAUCAAGACGGUGAUUGCAAUGGAUGAUAAGGUCAAACAAGAGGAUAAGGAUGCUGCGGCAAAGGCGGGUUUGGUUCUUCACACCUUUCAAGAUGUCGAAAAAAUUGGUCAAGGUCUUACUGAAGAAGAGCAUGCAGGCCCUGAACCUGAUGACAUUGCAACCAUUUGUUAUACAAGUGGUACAACAGGUGUACCCAAAGGUGCUGUAUUAACGCAUGCAAACUGCGUUGCACCUAUUGCUUCCAUUUCUGCUCUUGGUGAAACCGGCAGCUUUGCCAAGGUCAACCACACUGAUGUUUACAUCUCAUACCUACCAAUGGCCCAUGUCUUUGAGCGUGCUGCUCAAGGCAUUCAUGUAUUUAAAGGAGCCUCUAUUGGAUACUACCAGGGUGAUACGCUAAAGCUAUUGGAUGAUAUUGCUGUGCUAAGGCCCACUGUAUUUUGCUCCGUACCACGUCUUUUCAACAAGAUUUACGAUAAGGUGCUUUCAGGUGUUAAAGCCAAAGGAGGCGCUAGCAGCUUUUUAUUCAAUACGGCAUUCAACCAAAAGAAAGCCAACUUACACAAGACGGUGCAUCAUUGGCUUUGGGAUAAGGUUGUCUUUGGACAAAUCCGAGCCAAACUAGGUGGACGUAUCCGAUUUAUCCUCAGCGGAUCGGCACCCGUGUCACCAGAUGUCAUGGAUUUCAUGCGUAUUUGCUUUUCAGCCCGGGUGUUUGAAGGCUAUGGCCAAACUGAAAAUUUCUGUGGUGGAUGUUUGACAGUGCAAGAUGAUAAUACAUCGGGCGUUGUGGGUGUGCCAUUCCCUUGUACUGAAAUCAAGCUUAUUGAUGUCCCCGACAUGGAAUACAAAUCCACUGACAAGCCAUAUCCAAGAGGAGAAAUUUGUAUGAGGGGUCAUUCGGUCAUGCAGGAAUACUAUCAAGUGCCCGAUAAAACAGCUGAGACAAUUGACAGUGAUGGGUGGUUGCGUACCGGUGACAUUGGCUUAUUUGACAGUGCUGGUCGUCUUCAGAUCAUUGACCGACGUAAGAACAUCUUUAAGCUAUCACAGGGCGAGUACAUUGCACCUGAAAAGAUCGAAGGCGUCUACCAAAAGCAUGAAUUGAUUGCACAAGCCUUUGUAUACGGCGAUUCCCUGCAGCCAUCGGUGGUCGGCAUUAUCGUACCUGACAAGGAGGCGUUGCUGCGUUGGGCAUCAAACAAAGAUAUGUCAGCUGAACAGCUAUGUGCAUCCGAAGACGUCAAAAAAGAAAUCUUGGGUCUUCUGACGACAUAUGGCAAGCAAAAUGACCUCAAGAGUUUUGAGCAAAUCAAAGCCUUACACUUGACGAUGGAUGAGUUCACCGUCGAAAAUGAUCUCCUGACACCCACUUUCAAGUUGAAGCGUGAAGUAGCCAAAAAUGUCUAUGGAGAGCAAAUCAAGAGCAUGUAUGAGACCCUAUCCAAUGGCCGUAGCUUUAAUUAA